AUGGCUCGCCCCUCCGUCGUUCAAGAGUAUGCCGCGCCCUCAACAACCCUAAGCCUCGACCACAAGGUCGUCCACGAGCGCCAACUCUACAACGUACCGCGCCCGCAAGGCUACCGCGUGUCAUGGCACGCCAAUCCAGCCGUGGAGCCACACCAUUUCGGCCAGUCACACCCCAUGAAACCAUGGCGCCUCACCUUAACCAAGCAACUGGUCAUGGCAUACGGGAUGCACCACGCGAUGGACCUGUACCUGUCGCGAGCGGCGACAUACGAAGAAAUGGCCGAAUUUCACGAAGAAGACUACCUUGACUUCCUGAAACAAGUCAUGCCAGGCGACAUCGACAAACCCGAACAAAGCGACAACGUGAUCCGCUUCAAUUUCGGCGAUGACUGCCCCAUCUUCAACGGCUUGUACAACUACUGUUCCCUGUACGCCGGCGGUACCGUCGACGCAGCCCGCAAGCUCUGUAACGAUCAAUCCGAGAUCGCAAUAAACUGGUCUGGUGGUCUGCACCAUGCCAAAAAGUCCGAAGCCAGCGGUUUCUGUUACGUGAACGAUAUCGUCCUGGGCGUCCUCCAGCUCCUUCGCCACCACCCGCGCGUCAUGUACAUCGACAUUGACGUCCACCACGGCGACGGCGUCGAGCAAGCAUUCUGGUCCACAGAUCGCGUGCUGACAGUCUCAUUCCACAAAUACGAUAAAGAUAAUUUCUUCCCGGGUACCGGUGCCCUCGAAGAUACAGGCCCAAAUCACCCACUCAACCCGGGCGCACACCACGCCAUCAAUGUCCCGCUUAACGACGGCAUCGACGACGAAAGCUACAUCUCGCUAUACCACGAGGUAAUCGGUGCCUGCAUUCGCAAUUACCAACCCGGCGCUAUCGUCUUGCAAUGCGGGGCCGAUAGUCUAGGCUGCGACCGACUCGGCUGCUUCAACCUUAACGUCCGUGCCCACGGCGCCUGCGUCGCUUUCACAAAGACAUUCGGAUUACCCCUCCUCGUCGUAGGUGGUGGUGGCUACACACCGCGCAAUGUCUCUCGGGCCUGGGCGCACGAGACAUCCAUCCUUAUAGAAGCGGAUCAGAUGAUCGAUACGACAAUUCCUGAGACAGUAGCGUUCCGCAACCAUUUCGGACCCGAUUACUCUCUCUUCCCGCCCUUGUCUGAGAUGCGCAAACUUGAUAAUAAGAACACCCGCUCAUAUCUCAAUGAUCUGGUUGAAUCUGUUCAUGAACAGCUUCGCUAUAUCAAGGGUGCGCCUAGUGUGCAGAUGAGUUUCAUUCCUCCUGAUAUCCUCGGAUUACGGGAGGAGACAGAGAAGGAGAUUGAAGAGCAGACUGCAUUGAUGGAAGAAGAGUAUGAAGAGCGGAUGGGUGGCUCGGCUGCUGCGUCGAGUAUCAGCCCUGCUGCUUCUGGCUCAGCAGGUGCCAUACCACGCGGGAACAGGCGGCGAGAUCUUGAGCGGGGAGCUGGGUACAGAGGCGAGCUAUAUUCAUGA